AUGCUUACAAAUAAUAUCUGUAAAUACACUUUGUCAAUUAGCAAUAGAUUCAAAAUUAGAAACAACAUACAAAUCUAUAACAACUUUAUUGGUGGUAACAACAACAGCAGUUUCAACAACAACAACAACCAUAUUAAUAUUAAUAAAAAUCUUAGAACAAUGACCACCAUCAAUAACAACAGUAAUACAAUAAAAACAAUUGAAGAAGGUAGCGAUGUUAGUAAUUUAAUUAGUGAUAAUUUCUUUAUUGCAGAUGAUGAUGAUAGCGUUGCAGCAAGUGGUAGUGGUAAUAAUAAUAGCAAUGAAAGUGAUGGUGGUUUCGAUAUAUUUAGAAAUAGAAGCAAUAGAGAAGAGAUUGAAAAACUAAAGAAACAAGAACGAUUCCACGCUACACCGGCAGGAGCACCGCGUGCACCACAAAGCAAGAUACGUAGCGAGAAAGACAAGACUUCACACGAGAUGAAAAUGGCACAUUUCGCAAAGAUUCAACAGUUUUUCGAUGAGAACAAACAUCUGGUGGACAUCGAUCGUAUGGCAACUCUAAAGAAGUCACCGAUGGCGCUGUUGUUUGCUUAUGUCGGUACCGGUUACCACGGACUGGAGUACCAGAUCUCCGGGUACAAUGCACUGGAGAACACGCUGGAACAAGCGCUUUUCAAAGCGGGACUGAUUCUACCAUCGAAUCUGGGUGAUCUCGAUCGUAUCAGGUGGAGUCGAUCCAGUCGAACCGACAAAGGUGUACACUCACUGAGCACACUGCUGGCGGGUUGUCUUGAGAUUGAAGAUGGCAGCGGCUACUAUCCUGAGAAGGUGGCAGUACUGAUCGAAAAGAUCAAUCGUGGUCUACCACCAAAUCUGAGGAUAUUGGCACUGGCACCAACAAGUCGAUCUUUCGAUCCCAGAAGACAAUGCACAAGCAGAACCUACCACUAUGUUCUGCCAAAGAAGUAUCUCGGUACAAAACUCACACUCGAACAAAUCAACGAAUCGAUUCUACCAUUAUACAUCGGUUCCAAUUCCUAUCACAAUUUCACAAGUCACAGAAGAACUUAUAAAGAUCUAAAUGAAGAUAAAAAGAAAAAGAGAGGAGCUCAUAGAAAUAAAGAAGAAGAAGAAGAAGAAGAUGAUGAUGCUGAUGAAGAAGAAGAAGAAGAAGUAGUAGAAACAAAAGAAGAGAAUAGCAAUAAUAAAAAGAGUGAUGUAAAAGAUCAAACUUGGAAAGAGACACCAGUUGAUCGUGAUGCAGAAAUGUUGGCAUAUAGAGUAAACUCUACGAAUGUUAGAAGAAUCAAUUCAUUCAAGGUAGUCGAAACAUCUUUUAAGACAAAGAAUGUCGAUGGUGGUGGUGGUGGCGAUGAAGAAUGGGUUCGUUUCGAGGUGGAAGGUGCAUCGUUUAUUCAAUAUCAAAUCAGAAAGAUGAUUGGUUUCGUCUUGGCAAUUGGCAACGGCUAUUGCGAUCGUAGAAUGUUAGAGUUGGCAUUGAAGUCACCGUUUUCAAUUCGAUCGCCGGUGGCACCACCCAAUCCACUGUAUCUCUUUGACUUCUCGCUGAAAGAGAGAACCUCGUUGUUACCACUCAAUCUUUUCAACCAAGAGCAAGUUCGUCCGUUGAAAGAGCAGUUCUGUCAGAACACGCUAUAUCCACACCUAGCAGAGAUCAAUGAAACCGAUCAUUUCUUCAACAAAUUCAUGCAAGAACUUCUACCGAAUCAUUUCUACUCGCCAGAGAAGGAGAAUGUCGAACAAUUCGAACAACUCUACUCUAAAUACCUUCGAUUCAUAGAGGAACAAGCAGAACGUAAGAAACAACAACAACAAAGAAGAGAACAAAAAGAGAAAGAAAGACAACAACAAUCGAGAUCAGACAACAAUUAA